AGUGGGCCCCGGGCCAGUCUGUAGAUUUCUUCAUAUCCUGAACUCAAAACCUUCCUGGUUCUGCCGGCCCCACCCACAGAGGCUGCUCUAUAUCUCUAGUCCCAAGGAUCGGGGGAGACUCGCUGCCUUGGAGCACCAGGACCACCAGCGCCAGGAGCCAGAGCAUAGAGACUGGGAGACAUGGUUCCGACACAGCAAGACUCCCGGCUUUGUCCCCUUUUGCUACUGGGGCUCUUGGGAAUGGUGAUCUCACUCCAUGCCCAACCCCCAAAUUUAACCUGGGCUCGGUGGUUUGAGAUUCAGCACAUAAAUACGGCGAAAAUUCAGUGUGAUCUUGCAAUGCAGGUAGUUAACAGUUAUAGAGGGGUAUGCAAAGGUAAAAAUACUUUUCUCAAUACAACAUUUGCUCAGGUAGCUCAAGUUUGUACCACUAGAAAUGUAUCUUGCCGAAAUGGAAGGAUGAAUUGUCAUAAGAGCCCACGUCCAGUGCCUUUAACCUUCUGCAACCUCACAAAAAGUAAUUUGAAUUACAUGAGAUGCAAGUAUAGUCAGAUGAAGAUGCAGAAGAUCUACACUGUUGCCUGUGACCAAAGAUCACCGCAGGACAAUGCCACGGACCCGUUGGUUCCAGUUCACUUGGAUAACAUCAUCUAAACUUUGGGUCAGCACUUUUGGUCACGCUCUUCUGCCAGGCUCCACGGUCACAGCCAUGGUCCCAUCCCACUAUCUGCCCCAGAUAUCAGCAUCGGUCCUCAUCGCACCAACCCCAGCCCCCUUUAAGCUUUGCUGAGCUGAAGCUCCUUGUGCAGAGUGCAAUAAAUGUUACA